GAGGGGUCACGUUGCGUUGCCAAGGGUUUGUGGUCGUGACCUACUUUACUACCGGUUUGAUCUCGUGGACGCCUGAAGAGCAAAAGAAAGCAGAAAAGGCUAUUUUUCUCUUGUUCACAAUGGAUUCUGUUAAUACCAUUAAAGACAAAAUAUCGGCGAUUGUGUCUGCGAUGGACCAGUACCUGGAGCCGAUAGGCGGCGCUGGCGGCGCGGUGGCGCUCACCGCCGUGGCCGCCGCCGCCACCUACUACUACUCGCGUCAGCCCGUUCCCGUGACACCGCUGGUCGACCUCGAACAGCAGACUGUCGAGGAGUUCGAGACUCCGCCGAACCACCAGGGCAGUGACCCAGCUCCGGGUCCGGAGCUGAUCCGUCGGUCGCGCAUCCCGUACAAGGGCUCCAAGGAUGGCCAGUACUUCAAGUACCUGGAUGACAACACCAAGACCAUGUUUGACGCGUUCCGGCGCGGUGCCAAACUGUCCAAUAACGGCCCGUGCCUGGGCUGGCACGAGGAUAAGGACAAGCCGUACCAGUGGAUUAACUACAACGAGUCGCUGCUCAGGGCCAAAAACUUCGCCGCCGGCCUGCUGGCCACAGGUCUGAAGCCGGGCCAGGAGACGAACGUCGGUGUGUACACGCAGAACUGUCCCGAGUGGGUGCUUACGGAGCAGGGCUGCUACUGCUACAACAUGGUCAUCGUGCCGCUGUACGACACGCUCGGGGAGGAGGCGUGCACCUUCAUCAUCAACCAGGCCAUCAUCUCGGUGGUGGUGGUGGAUAACGACACCAAGAUCGCCACCCUGCUGGGCCAGCGGCCGCGGCCGCUGACGCACAUCGUGAGCACGCGGCCCGUGAAACCGGAGCUGGUGCAGCGCGCCAAAGACGCCGGCGUGCGCGUGUCGCGCUUCACAGAGGUGGAGAAACUGGGAGCCGCCGCCAACAUCAAGGAGACGCCUCCGAAGCCGGAGGACCUGGCGACCAUCUGCUACACGUCGGGCACCACGGGCGACCCCAAGGGCGUGAUGCUGACCCACGAGAACCUGGUGGCCGACGUGGGCGCCGUGCUGAUCCAGCUGGGCGAGUGCGCGCCCGACCACACCGAUACACUCAUCAGCUUCCUGCCGCUGGCGCACAUGCUAGAGCGCGUCUGUGAGACGGCGAUGUACAUGCAGGGCGGCUCUGUGGGGUUCUUCCUGGGCGACAUCCGGGCGCUGAUGGACGACAUGAAGCACCUGCGGCCCACGCUGAUGCCGGUGGUGCCGCGGCUGCUGAACCGCAUCUACGACAAGGUCUGGUCCAACGUGGCCGGCAGCAAGUUCAAGACCAGGAUGCUGCAGUGGGCGCUGGACGCCAAGGAGGCCGAGAUCAAACGCGGUAUAAUCCGUAACGACUCGUUCUGGGACCGGCUGGUGCUGAAGAAGGUGCGCGACUCACUGGGCGGCCGGGUCCGUCUCAUGGUGGUUGGAUCGGCACCCAUGGCCGCCAACGUGCUCACGUUCAUGAGGGCAGCGCUCGGAUGCACGGUGCUGGAGGGUUACGGUCAGACCGAGUGCGUGGCGCCGUGCACGCUGACGCUGCAGGGCGACGCGCGGCCCGACCACGUCGGUCCUCCGCUGCCCUGCUGUGACAUUAAGCUGGUGGAUGUGCCCGAGAUGAACUACUUCGCCGCCUCCGGCCAGGGCGAGGUGUGCAUCCGCGGCACCAACGUCACCCAGGGCUACUACAAGAACCCGGAGAAGACGCGCGAGACGAUCGACUCGGACGGCUGGCUGCACACGGGAGAUGUGGGACAGUGGCUGCCCAACGGAACACUGCGCAUCAUCGACCGCGCCAAGCACAUCUUCAAACUGUCACAGGGCGAGUACGUGGCUCCGGAGAAGGUGGAGAACGUGUACGUGCGCUCGCAGCUGAUCGCCCAGAUGUUCGUGCACGGCGAGAGUCUCAAGUCUUGCGUGGUGGCCGUGGUGGUGCCGGACGUGGACGUGCUGAAGGCCUGGGCCACCAAGAACAACGUGCCCGGCACGCUGUCCGUGCUCUGCCAGAGUCCCAAGGUGAAGAAACACAUAAUGGACGACAUGAACCGACUGGCCAAGGAGGCCAACCUCAAGAGCUUCGAACAGGUGAAGGACAUUUACCUGCACCCGGACCCGUUCAGCGUCCAGAACAACCUGCUGACGCCCACGCUGAAGGCCAAGCGACCAGAGCUCCGCAAGUACUUCAAACCCCAGCUAGACGACCUCUACUCCAAACUCACCUGAACGCCGCCCGCGGCCAGACUAGCAAUGACAAGUGCGCCGCCCGGCCGCCAGGUGGCAGGCCGAGCGCCCGCCGCCCGGCGAUAGGUGAUAGGGACGGCUAGGUGGGAUUUUCUCCAGGGCUCUUGUACGCGACUGUGUGUGCCGAGAGAGUAAAUUAUUUGUUGUAGAUGAUUUGCGUCUUGCGAAUGCCUGCCCAACUGACCACAUAGAUGUGCGGAUUGCUGAGUGCGCUGUGUACAAGUGCCAGCAUAAUUCGAUAGCGUGCUGCGGCUUUCAUGGACUCUAGGGUGAUGAAUUCGUCUCAGCCGCGGUGGGAGAGGACCUGAUAACGAAUAUGCCGUGGCGACCGGCCAACGACAUCAUCCGGCGACCAGCCAGUGACCUGGGUGGCCUGAGUGACCUCUGGGUGACCUCUGAGUGACCUCUGGAGUGACCUGGGUGACCUCUGAUGUGAUCUGAGCGGUCUCACAAGUCCCAGCUGCCUCGGACGACCCGCCAGUCCUCAGGAGCUCAGAGGAACGCCCGUCGGGACGCAGUCAGCCUCGGCCACCUCUGUGUUUUUAUCUCCGUGCGGUGUAUAGUCAACUGAAUGACAUCGAGAGACUGGUGGUCUCCUGUUAACGCAUUACCUAGAGCAGACCUGUGUGCAUAUCUGACCCACGGCCCUGCCGGGACGCUGUGCCCAAAUAUCGGACCCCGGGGAGCUCCAGACUGACUGCCGCGGGUCUGAUGGUGGCCGGCUGCCGAGGGCUCUUUCUAGCGUCUCUGAGCGGUGUAAACUCUGGGUGCUAUGUGAGGCCGGGCGGUGACCUGACCUGACCGGGCGGCCCGCCCGCCAACUCAGUGCCUGACGCGGCCGGUCGGGGCGGCGCGUGCGGUGCUGGUGGGCGGGGUACGGCUGCCCCACACCCACUCCUCUUUCAUGGACCGGUGCGUCGCGAGUCUCCGCGCAGUCUCCGCCCUCGCAGCGGUGUGUGAGCGGGUGGCUAGCAGAUGUCAGUGUGCUACUCGAUUGGUUGUGAUGAUUUGAGUCCCCCGCGCCCGCGACCUGCUGCAGAAUCUCUCCUGUCGGGGCCUAGCCCUGCCUCUAACCUGUGUAAAUCCGAGAUGAUGGCUCACCUCCCGCAUAGUUCACCAGUUUUGGCCUGCUCAUCGGCCGCCAUUAUGUAACUCAGCAUAAAUCUCCCUCCCAUGUUCGCGUUUGUGCCUCUUUUCUCGUCAUUUGUUAACAGCCGGAGCUCCGACCGCCAUGCUGUAGCCAGUGCUCGUUAAUUCGCCCAUCCGAACCCAGCGUGCUCCUGCUGCUAUUUCGCUAACAUCCUUUGCCCGCCGUCCUUCCGCGCGCUCGUCUGACUCGAUACCCAUGCCCCGGCUGAUCCUCUUUCUGGUUGUGCCGCGCCGGUCUAUCUCCGGCCGGGUGUGUACGGACCGGUCAGGUGACUGACCGGCUUUGCUCGUAUAAUGUCCAGCCAGGCGUCAGGGCCACGUGCCCGACUGCGCCGGGAGGGGCGACUGUUGCAAACUGUGACAAAAAGGUGGUGUGUGCACGUUUUGCUGAAAUGAGGCGUUGUUGUCCGUGCAAUAAAGUACUAUUCGGUG